AUGGAGGAAGGUUUGAAGACUGCACUUCGGUUUACUGCCAACCAUUUAGAAAGUUUGUCUGUCAAGGCGAGGGAGAUAUUGAGUAUCAUACCUGGUUCCCCUACGGACGAGUUUCUUCUGGAAAUAGAAAUUGUCAUCUCCAAGCUAGAGAGUAGCUUGAGUAGGAUAAAGGCCGAAAUGAACAACUAUUUUAAGAUGGCUAACCAGCCUGAUGCCGACGAGAUCUCCAGGGUUUCUACGAUCCAGCUGGCAGCUGAAGAAGAUUUAUGUGAGCUCCAAGUGCGGAUUAGAAGAGCUCGAGCCACAUCAAAAGAAGCUACCAUGCCGGUCUCGGGGAAGUUACCCAAAUUGAAUCUACCAGAGUACCACGGCGAUAUUCUAACCUGGCACCAGUUUUGGGAUCAGUUCGUCUCCUUAGUUGAUAGUAGAAGACUAAGUGAUGUAGAUAAAUUCAUGUAUCUCAAUUCUGCUGUUAAGGGAGAAGCCAAGAAGCUGAUCGAAGGGCUAGGAACCACCAACAGGAACUACGCCAUUGCUGUCAACACUUUGAAAGAAAGAUAUGGACGCGUGGAACUUGUUAAGGAUGCACAUUACUCUGCUUUAAGCAAGAUCAAGCCUGCCGACAGUUCCACUAGCAGUUGCCGGAAGGUUUUGAACGAGAUAGAGACUCAUCUUAGAGUGUUAAGUUCCUUAGGCGAAGACGACACACACAGCUACCUUCGGUUUGUAAUACUGGAAAAAUUCCCCGAAGAAAUAGUCUAUGAGUUGAAGAAAAGAGUUCAGGAUGACUCGGUACCCGAAAUAAGGAAGGAGCUAGAGAAGCUGAUAUCCGCCAAGGAAGAUGCUAGUCGAUUUAUGUCUCAGACAAGUGAAAGUACUUCAGGCAACUACACUACUGAGACACUGCACAUCAGUGAAAGAUUUAAUAACCCUAGAUUUGGAAGAGGAAGAAAUAAUUAUAGAUUUAAGAAUAAUGGUAAUGGACAGCGAAACAAUUAUACUUCACUUUCAAGAGACCAGGGGCGGAAGAGGAAGUUUGAAAAUAAUCAAGAAAGAAAAUUUUCAACGGAACCAUCUGGAAAGAGGUUUAAGAAGUCAUGCAUCUUCUGUGAAGCAGAACAUAACUCCCAAGAUUGCAACAGAUACACGACAAUAAAAGGGAGAAUGGAUAGACUUAGGACUCGUUGUUUUAGAUGUAUAAGAAGGGGGCACCAGAGGCGAAUGUGCAGAGAAAGGAAACCUUGCACGCACUGUGGAGACAGAUACCAUCACUUGCUUCUGUGCCCAAGGUUACUUCCAGAAAAUAAGCAGAUAAAGACAACGGAAGUACAGAAGAACAAAGCGGAAACAUCUAAAAAUGAACAGGAAAACAACGGAGCCUCCGGGCCUACCAUUCCUUUGUGA